AUGACGAAAGAUGGCAGCAACACCACUACUUAUGGCACCGAGGAGAAGUUAUCGGCCAGUGAAGCUAAUGAGACACUCGAUUUGGACGACUUGCUGCCUAAAAUCGGAGAAUUUGGCCUGUAUCAGAAACUGCUAUUAUGGCUCGUCUGUCUACCGGCCUGUCUACCGUGCGGUUUCUGUGCGUUUAACCAGUUGUUCAUGACAGACAUCCCCGACCACUGGUGCAGAGUCCCUGAACUAGAACUGCUCAAUCUAACACAGGAACAGCGUAAGCUGUUGUCAAUUCCACGAAAGAAUAAUGUUACGUUUGAAAAAUGUUCUCGGUAUGCUGUAAACUGGACGGAAAUCAUUCACAUUGGUGGAACUAUAGAAGUCAAUGAGAGUUGGCCUACUGAACACUGUAGGGAAGGCUAUGAAUACGACAUGUCUGAAGUAUUUUCAUCUGUUGUUAUCGAUUUUAAUUUAGUCUGCGAAUACGAUGUCUAUCCAACUCUCGGGUUGGUUGCUCUAAAUAUUGGAGGACCAAUAGGAGUGUACGCAUUUGGACUUUUGAAUGACCGAAUUGGGCGAAAGAAAUCUUUUUUCAUUUGUCUUAGCACACUACUUCUUGGAAGUCUAAUGACCGCAUAUGCCUAUGAGUUUUGGUUUUGGAUAAUGGCUCGAGUUAUCGUGGGACUCACUAUACCAGCCGUUUAUCAGAUACCCUUUAUAAUCUCUCUGGAAUUAGCAGGCCCUAAUUACAGAUCAUUCGUCACAGUUAUGACAUGUGUGUUUUACACACUGGGCUUGAUUUUAUUAUCAGUCGUCACGUAUCUGCUCAGAGACUGGAGGAGCCUUGCGUUAGCGACAUCAGUACCUUUCUUUUUCUAUUAUUUUUAUUGGUUCGUUCUACCAGAAUCCCCACGAUGGUUACUUAUGAGAGAACGGCUUGAGGAGGCAAACAGUGUAUUAAAAACUAUCGCAAGAGUCAAUGGCAAAGAAUUACCUGAAGAAUUUACUAAUAAACUUCAAAAGCAAGUUAUAGAGCAAAAGGAAAAGGGGAUAACUGAGACAAAAUCUGUGAGUGUAUUUGCUCUGUGUCGUACUCCAAAUAUGAGACUCAAGACAUUUCUGAUAACUCUAAACUGGUGCGCGUCCGAGAUGGUGUACGUAGGCCUCAGUUACUACGGGCCGGCUAUAGGCGACAACCAAUACAUGAGCUUCUUCCUCUCAUCAGCUGUCGAGAUCCCAAGUUAUCUCGUGUGCUGGAUACUAAUGGAUCGCAUUGGAAGAAGGUGGCCGCUCUGUCUUUCAAUGGUCAUAAGUGGGAUUUUCUGUAUCGUUACUGUAUUACUACCAAGUGAUGCUCGAACGGAAACCUUAAUCCUCUAUUUAAUAUCCAAGUGUUUUAUAUCUGCGUCCUUCUUGUUAAUAUAUCCCUAUGCCGGUGAAUUGUACCCGACGGAACUGAGAGGCGUCGGUAUUGGAACUUCGGCAUACAUUGGCGGCUUGGGUUUGAUAAUUAUACCGUUUAUAAACUACUUGGGUUCAAGCAAUUUAGUACUUCCUCUAGUUGUAAUGGGUGCGGUCUCAGUAAUCGGAGGUUUGAGCGCGCUUCGAUUACCUGAAACCUUACACACCUCAUUGCCUCAAACUGCCGAGGAAGGAGAAGAGUUUGGCAAAGAUUGGACAUACGCGGACUGUUUGGCGUGUGGAGAUCAAAGAAAAAUGACUGAUUCGGAUUCGUAUGAGAAUCUAGAUCAGCUAGAACUGACCCAGGCACCCUUAGUUGAAGAUGAAGUGCCAGAAAUCCCAGAAAUAAGGCGCAGUUCAAUGCGCAAACUCGUGCGCCAAGCCAGCAUCGUUGAAACUCAGCGCGACAUUGAUGGCAACAUAAAAAUGACAUACUGGUUUUAA